AUGGGCAAAGCAACAUUUGUUGCUAUAGGUACGGCAAGUCAAAAUCAUGGUACAUACCGGUCCAAGGCUGAAAAAAACGUCUGUAAGCUUCCACCGUGGCCUCGCAAGGUCAAAGGCAAAAGUCUUGCCUACGAAUACAGCGAGUUGUUUCAACAUUCAGGGCGUGCUUUCGAUACGGUAAUGAGUAGCAGAGAACUGCUCGUGGUAUAA